AGUACACUUGUUGCAGGCGUUUCGAACGAACGAAAGCGAAUUGGAUCAUCUGGUCGCGGGCGCGUAUCUCCGUUGGUCCAUUAUCGGCCUUGCUGCGUCAUUGAAACCAGUGCCAACUACCUUUUGCCUGCUCCCGUUAUCAAUUUCAUCUGAUCUGUUUCUUCCUACGGUUCCACGGAACACAACACGCGGUUCUCACCCCUUCAGUGUAACGUGCGUGUGUGUAUUAGUGUGUUACGCCGUUUGAUACGAACCCUUAGCCCACCGUAAGAACAGAUCAGAAAGGGCAACAUGUCAGCAAUACGCAACCUGACAACUGUGGCCAAGUUUCUGUCCCGAACCCGGACACCAAGUCAACAGUUCUGGGGUGGUUCUUUCGUCCAGCCUGCCCGCUCCAUGCAACACUAUCCGAUCGAUGAGUAUCUGUUCGGAUUGACUGAAGAUCAGCAGCAGCUGCGCCAGACUGUGUUCAACUUUGCGCAGAAAGAAUUGGCCCCUUUUGCACAGGAGAUCGACAAGCAGAAUGAGUUCAAGGAAGUUCGAAGCUUUUGGCGCAAACUGGGAGAACUCGGAGUGCUCGGUGUGACGGUGAAACCAGAAUACGGCGGACUCGGUGGGUCCUACCUUGACCACUGUAUCGUUAACGAAGAAAUAUCGCGCGCAUCGGGUUCGAUAUCGUUAUCGUACGGUGCUCACUCGAACCUAUGCGUCAAUCAAAUCCAUCGCAAUGGUACGGACGAGCAGAAGGCACGGUACCUUCCCAAGUUAUGCAGCGGUGAACAUAUGGGUGCGUUGGCCAUGUCCGAGGCAGGUGCGGGCAGUGACGUCGUGUCGAUGAAGUUGCGUGCCGAUAAGCAGGGUGACUAUUACGUGCUGAAUGGUAGCAAAUUCUGGAUCACCAACGGACCUAUCGCGGACACAUACAUCAUCUAUGCAAAAACGGAUAUGAAUGCGAAACCACAGCAUGGUAUUACCGCCUUCAUCGUGGAGCGUGCAACAGCCGGUUUUACGCAAGGUCCCAAACUGGACAAGCUUGGCAUCCGCGGUAGCCCAACUGGUGAGCUGAUUUUCGAAGAUGCGAAGGUACCGGCGGCUAACAUUCUAGGCGGCCUGAAUAAGGGUGUGUACGUGCUGAUGUCGGGGUUGGAUCUGGAGCGUCUCGUGUUGGCUGCCGGCCCGGUCGGACUCAUGCAGGCUGCAUGCGAUGUAGCGUUUGAGUAUGCGCACACGCGCAAGCAAUUUAAUACACGCAUUGGCGAGUUCCAGCUGCUACAGGGCAAGAUGGCCGACAUGUACACGACGAUGAAUGCGUGCCGCGCGUAUCUAUACUCCGUAGCUCGUGCCUGCGAUCAAGGCAAGGCUAACCCGAAGGACUGUGCAGGAGUGAUUCUGUAUUGCGCUGAGAAAGCGACCCAAGUCGCGCUGGACGCCAUCCAAAUACUCGGCGGUAAUGGAUACAUCAAUGACUAUCCGACCGGACGCAUCAUGCGCGACUGUAAGCUGUACGAAAUUGGGGCAGGAACGUCGGAAAUUCGCCGUAUGGUGAUCGGGCGUGCACUGAACAAGGAGUACCAGUGACAGAGGAGAACAAGCGAUCUGAACAGGACUGUACCAAGUACAUACGAACAGAAAACUGGACGCUGCCAUGCGAUGGUUGAGGGAAGCGAAAAAGAAAAUUCCAAGCCAAGCUAAAGUGCAUUUACUAGCAUUAGUAACUUCCGUAAACGUUUUUUAAAAACGUUGUCUGAAAAUAAAACAUUUCAUUUUGUUUCUA